GUUGUUCUGAAUUUCCGGUCGGAACUACAACUACUCUCAUCCUCGACGACAGCGCUAGUAACUCACUCCCUUUCUCUCGCUCCGUGUGCCGACCCUAUUUGUCCUCUGAAAGUCUUUUGACGAUGGAUUUAAGCCAACAGCCUAAUUUCUCUGAUGGCCAAGCAAGGGAAUCCAGAAGUUUUCACAGCCUGUCUGGCCAACCCCGGAAAAUUUCCAUAGGAAUCCUGGCGGAUUCCUUUUGCCAGAAUUCUGGACCCAAAGAUGUCAAUGCCAAGGACUCCCUGUUCUAGUAUGAAAAUGUUACUCCUAGCAAAGCAAAUUCUGCUCAAGAUGGAAAAUGGACGGACAGAGUUCUUUAUGCUGCUAAUCAAGGGAAACAAACAGAGGAGCUAGUCCAGGAGACUUCCCCUUGGUUAUCUCCUAAAUCUUUCAACCAAAAGUUACCAACACCAGAGCAAGUUCGUGGUGCAGAAGUCACUUGCAUUUUGCCAGCCACCGGGCCUGUCACUGAAACACACCAUGUACUCCAUCUACCAAGGCCACCACCAGCAAAUUUUUCUGCGCACUAUUUUGAUAAUCACAUGUCAGGUCUGGAAUCUAGUAACGGUUCACAGAGGAAGUUCGAUGGGGACAUGCCUGGAAUGAGGGACAUAACUGGAGAAGGCUUUGAGAAACUCUCUUUUACCACCAUACAGAAAGUUGCAACAGAAAAGGAUGUGGGAGGGCAUGAAGCUACAAAGGAAGAAACAAGGGGCAGUGAAACUUUAAGAAUGAAGCUCUGGGAGAUCCUAGGAACCAUUUCAUCCCCAAAUGAACAACAUCCCAAUGAUUGUGACCUUGGGAUGGAGGCCAAAAACAUGAAAUUAGUGCAAAAGAGUGAUGCAGAGUGUAAGCCUGUUGUGAAGCCUACACAAAAUUCGGACACAAUAGAAAGUGAUUCUGAGGGUCAUGGUCGUCCUGUUAGGAGACCGAGGAAACGCUCUUUGAUCAGGAAUGGAGCUUCCAAUAAAUUAAAAGCAGCCAAGUCAAAUGAUGCACAGUUGACUCGUUAUAUGAAGGACAACCAAGAAAAGUAUGCCUGCUUUGAAGAGGUGCUCUCCAGAAGACAACAUUACAGUGCCACUGGAGGUACGUUAGCAGUCAUGAGAAAGAAGAGUGAAAAGUGGAGCACUGGAAUCAAGUCAAGCAUGAUGCGCUUCAAUGAACAUGAAAAUCCAGGACAUGACGAGAAGGUUAACAAUAGGGGCGAAAGAAGACCUGCACUUCAGAAUUCAAUGAUGCACGGAGAUGAAGUAGGAGAUAAGAAUGAAACAUUAAGAGGAUUAAAAAAGAUUCUACUGAGCCAAAGAAAGUUUCCCUUGAGAUAA